GAGAGGAGAGAGAGAGAGGGAGAGUUUGACGAUUCUGUGUGGUAUGAGAAGAAAACAAGAAAAUCCCUAAAAAGUUAUUCUGAACUUUCCCAUUUCUUUCGGUCGUAGGGACGAUGGCGGUGUAUUUUCCUGGAAAAUUAUGCUUCUGAAUCUUCCAUAAUUGCCGUUGUUUAUCUAAAUUUUUGUUGUAUUUCUGCGGAUAAACGUAGUAGGUUUGUGUUUCAAUCAGAGAGAAUCGGAGGGGAACAGAAGGUAAAGGAUGUCUAUAUCCUCUUCUUCUUCAGCAACUGUAGCAGUCGAGAAGGCUACCAGCGACCUUCUAAUCAGUCCUGAUUGGACUAUGAACAUCGACAUAUGCGAUUCCAUCAAUUCUAAUCAUUGGCAGGCGAAAGAUGUCAUGAAAGCUGUGAAAAAAAGGUUGCAACACAGGAAUCCUAGAAUUCAGCUGCUGUGUCUAACGCUUAUAGAGACAAUGGUGAAGAAUUGCGGUGAUUAUAUCCAUUUUCAGAUUGCUGAUAAAAACAUUCUUGGAGAGAUGAUCAAAAUUGUCAAGAAAAAGGCAGACAUGAAUGUGAGGGACAAAAUCUUAGCGCUGUUAGAUUCUUGGCAGGAAGCAUUUGGUGGACCUGGGGGAAAGCAUCCUCAAUAUUACUGGGCGUAUGAUGAAUUAAGGCGUUCUGGAAUUGAAUUUCCCAAACGCUCAUUAAAUGCUGUUCCAAUUUUUACACCACCUGCUUCCAAUCCAACCCUAAGGAUUACACAAGCUGGCUUUGGAAUGCCUAGUAACUCGUCAAGGAGGCUUGAUGAGACAAUGGCAACAGAGAUUGAAGGCCUAAGUUUGUCGAGCUUGGAUGCCAUGCUUAACAUUAUGGAGCUCCUGAAUGAUAUGCUGCAAGCUGUGACUCCUGAAGACUCUCUUGCUAUUAAAGAUGAGGUGAUUGUAGAUCUUGUAAAUCGCUGUCGUUCUAAUCAAAAGAAGUUGAUGCAGAUGUUGACAACAACCGGGGAUGAGGAACUUCUCGGUCGAGGUCUGGAGUUAAAUGACUCCUUGCAAACUGUACUUGCUAAACAUGAUGCACUUGCUUCUGGUUCUUCUGGUUCUGUGUUGCCAACUCAAUCAAGAAAUCUGAGCCUGCAGCGGCCGGAGUCGUCUGCUGCCACACAGAAAGUGAGUGAAGUAAGAGGUUCAAGCUUAAGAGAUUCUAGUCCUCCACCAAAUGUGAAUAAUUCAUCAUCAACUGCUUCUUUAGCAAGGAGGCCGAUAGAGGAGGACGACGAAGAGGAGGAUGAGUUUGUACAACUGGCUCGAAGGCACUCUAAAUCACCGCCUGUAACUAGUCAAAGCGCUUCCACCGGAACUGUUGACAACUUGGCAUUGGUGACCACAGGCAACACGGUUACUUCAUCUACGCCAGCACCCUCGAACACUUGCACUGCAUUAGCUCUGCCAGAUCCUCCUGCACCAGUUAAGACUUCAAAAGAGCAAGAUAUGAUUGAUCUCUUGAGUAUCACUUUAUCGUCAGCACCGGCCUCUCCUCAUACCCCUCUCACUCCACCUGCGUCGAGCCAAAAUGCACAUCAGGUGCCUGCGUCGUCAAGUGCGCAGGGGUAUCAUCAUCAUCAUUCUUUGAGCCAAGGCCAGACACCUUUCAACAGCUACGUCGUGCCAUGGGCUCAACCUGGACCUCAAGUUAAGUUACAAUCACAAACCCAACCACAAUUACCACUGCAACAACAAUUUCAGCCACAGCCACAGCCCCAACAACAAUUUCGACCUCAGGCUCAGCCACAACCCCAACAACAGUUUCAACGUCAGCCUCAGCCACACCCACACCCACAGCCCCAACAACAAUUUCAACCUCAGGGACAGCCACACCCACAACAACAGUUUCAGCCUCAACCACAUUCGCAACAACAAUUUCAAUCUCAGCCCCAGCCCCAGCCACACCCGCAACAACAAUUUCAGCCUCAGCCUCAGCCCCAGCCACACCCGCAACAACAAUUUCAGCCUCAGCCUCAGCCACACCCCCACCCGCAAUUUAAUCCACAGUAUGCUCAAUAUUCCUCGGGCUACCCUCCCCCGCCUUGGGCAGGUUCUUUCAAUGCCAACCACCAGGGUAAUGUCUCUGCUCCAAUUAUGGGUAAUCCUCGUGGGAUGGAACCUGCACUAUCUACGUCUUCAUCGCCUGCUGGACCGUUGCAGCAACCCAACUCAUUCCCUUAUAGAGGAAAUAAUGAGAUAACUAUGCGCGGAGGAGACUCAAGGCCUAGUGGCCCCCGGAGCUCAACACCGUCGUUCGUUCCAUCAUACAGACUUUUCGAGGAUCUAAAUGUUUUUGGCAAUUCAGAUCCAAGAUUGAAGGUGACUAGCAGUAGCACUUCUUCUAGCUUAGCCGGAAAUUCUGGUCAAAGUAUGGUGGGUGGAAGAAAGUGAAAUAACCAGGUCAUCAUCUGAAGAUUUCUCCGUGUUAAUAUAAAAGUAUCUUCUUCAUCUUUGUGUUAUAUCUAAAACAGAUUGGCAGAACAUGGUUUUCACCUCAUCAUAUUGAUUAUAAGGAGUUGAAGCAAAAUAUGACUUGUAUAUUUUUGUUCUGUUCA